AUGAUACGGACCGCCUUCGUCCGGCCAGCGGCUCGCCAGCCUCGAUUCGUUUGUCAAUCAUGCGUGGGCUUAUCACGCGCCGGUCAACAGACUCGACUGCAACAUACCGCCAAGCCAAACGUCCCUUCGAUCGUCCCUCUCCGAUCUGCCAAGCUCUACGAGAAUACCACAUUGAGACGGAGUUUUGAGAAAAGUCGCCUGGCGAGCACGGUAUCUGCUUCGGCUUCCAAAAAGAAUGGUCACGAGAGGCCCGCAACGGCCAGUCCGUCGUCCAAGGAACUCCCUGAUCUGAGCAAGCUGGCGGCCGUGGUUCAGCAGAGCAGAAAGCACUUCCUCUCUACGGACGGAAUUCCCACUCCACAGCUCGUCAUUGCAGCCUUGAAAACGUGCCAAGGCGCCGCAAAUGCGAUUCAACCCUAUCUAUCCAGGUCGGAGAAUCGUCCGGCCUCGACACUCACAGCAUCGACCGCUUCCAAUCUGUUAUCCCUGGACUCGAACUCGACUGCAGCUAAAUCUGGUAGCGCGUCGAUCCCGUCAGUUUCUGUCAAGGAUACAGUCGACACAAUCUCCGAGUCAGCAUACGAAAUUAUCGCCCACCCCACCGUUUCCAUUGGUCCCCAGGUCUUGGACUUAUACGUAAACAUCCAAGCUAGGCUUGGCAGGCCCGAGACACUUCCCCAUGUUUUCGAAUUGUAUGCGUCAAAGCCCAAACCAAAGGCGGUCGAGGGCGCAAUCUCCUAUGUUCAGCAGAACCCAAAUAGAGCAGACAAGGCAAUCGAAGCAAGUGUGGCCGAAACAGCUCUGGGGGCCGCCAUCGACGCCAAGAAUCUGGACGCUGCGAUUGGCAUCGUUGAGGCCUGCUACGCAACACAAGCAUUCUACCGCCAAAAGCUUCUGCGGAAGACGCUUCUGCCCGUCUCGGCCGUGGCAGUGGCACCCUUUGGGGUCUACACUCUCGCCUCCAAUCUCUCGGCAUUCCAGAACACAAUGGAGCCCGUGACGGCCACAAAAUUCGCCUUCGCCGCCAUCCUGGCUUAUUUGGGGUUCACGGCGACAAUUGGCAUGGUUGCCAAAACCACUGUCAAUGAUCAUAUGCGACGAGUCACUUGGGCGCCCGGUAUCCCGUUGCACCAGCGCUGGCUACGUGAAGAAGAGCGUGCGGGAAUGGAUGACAUUGCGUGCGCCUGGGGUUACAGAGAGCAAUGGCGACACGGUGAGGAAGGCGGUAUUGAGUGGGACUCGCUAAAGGAGUAUCUUGGUCUGAAGGGAAUGAUGCUUGACAGAGUUGAGCUGAUGGAGGGAAUGAGUUGA